ACAGCAAGAAAAAGUAGGAUAUGUUUAAUCAGACAUUCUGCCACCUUCCAUGUCUCCCCAUCAUCCAUAACCAGUGAGGUGUGCAUGCUUAGAAAGUUCUCCACUCGAAGUGUUGUCGGUAAGGAAAGAAUAAGACUGGUUGUGCAAUCCAGUUAUGAGGCACCUUGUUCCUCUAAGAAUUAUAUACAUGAGCAUGUUUUAAAUGGAACAAAUAGAAGCUACCACUUUCCAACUUACACUUUGAGUUAAUUGGUGGGUUGAUUCUCUUUUUUGUGGCCACUCUGCAGAAUUUGAAGACUCAGAACUGCAUACUUCAAACACAUUACCACCAACCAGAUCCCAGUCAAGAUCAUAAAUGCUAUUUCCCCACACAAUUUAAUUCUCUCGAACUAACCAUUGGAGAUGCUGACAAUUUUAGCACUUGCAAUAAGAUGAUGCUCAGUGUCAGACAGAAGCACCACAGGUAAGGGAGAUAGACGCAGGAGUGCAAGGAGCCCAUCAACCGGCACAUACAUGAGAGAGCAGCUCUCAAAUCCACCAAAAGCCCUGAGAGACUCCAAUCCUUCCUUUAGUCCGAUGCAAAAGACAUGGUGGUAUCUCCUUCUUGCCUUCUUCCAACUCUUCUCCCUAAAAACCUCAGCAUUUAGUAUUGGCAUUGGUGGUGGUGUUGGAGUCUGGAUCAAUGGAAGAGGCACCACUACCACCACAGCCAGCACACAAGCACCACCAACCAGUCCCUCAAAUCCCACCAGCAGCGUGGAGUACACAGCUCUUCAAGCUUGGAAGUCAGCCAUCACAGAGGAUCCAUCAGGAAUCCUAGCCUCCUGGGUUGGUCCGAAUGUAUGCUCAUACAGAGGUGUCUUCUGCUCCGAACCACCUGAGGGCACCUCCUCCUCCUCCUCCUCUGUGGUCGCAGGCAUAGAUCUCAACCAUGCCAGCCUCAAAGGCUCAUUGGUGAAGGAGCUCUCUUUCCUCGCAUAUCUCUCCAUCAUUCACCUAAACAGCAACCGGUUCUCAGGUACAAUUCCAGACUCCUUCAGGGAGCUACAGUACCUCACGGAGCUGGACCUUAGUAACAACCAGUUCUCAGGACCCUUCCCCACCUCCACACUCCGCAUCCCAAACCUCAUCUACCUUGACCUCAGGUUCAACAGCUUCUCAGGUGAAGUCCCAGAUGAGCUCUUUGUGGGAGGUUUGGACGGCAUAUUCCUCAACAACAACCAGUUCGAAGGCCAGAUCCCCAUGAUCCUCUGGAACUCCCCAGCUUCUGUGAUCACCCUGGCCAACAACAACUUCUCUGGAUCCAUCCCGGCCAGCUUUGGCCACGUGGGACCUGGCAUCAGGGAGGUGCUGUUCCUGAACAACGAGCUAACAGGUUGCAUUCCGGAAGGGAUCGGCUUUCUAAGUGAUGUAGAAGUCUUGGAUUUGAGCUUCAAUUCGUUCACAGGCCAUCUCCCAAGCUCCUUGUCAUGCCUUUCUGACAUUGAGGUCCUUAACAUAGCCCACAACCAGUUCUCAGGGGAGCUCCCAGACCUCGUUUGUGACCUCAAGAGUCUCCUAAACCUCACCGUUUCUUACAAUUUCUUUUCUGGGUUCAGCCAGGACUGUGACAAGCUGUUCUUCAGAAAUGUGGGAUUUGAUUUCUCUGGGAACUGCAUACCUGGGAGGGACAUGCAGAGGCCUCCACCUGAGUGCAUGGGGAUUCCUGGAGGUGGACUUAGCUGCCUCAGGAUACCAGCAGCAAAGGCUGUAGCUUGCUCUAGGGCCAUGGUUCAGGGAAGUCGGAUGCCGGCUAUGCCAUACACCUCCCCCACUUCAUUUCCUUCUCUACCAUGAGCUCUACCAGGAUUGCGCUGGACCGGACAGUGUGGUGCAUGGUGAGUUGACAGGCGAACAGUAUGUAAUGUUCUCUUAAAUCAUCUCAAAAAGCAAGCACAAAUUAUUGCGAACUUUCUAAGUUAGUUGGCUCUAGCAUUGUUUUGAGUUGUGAAGAUGAGUCAUUGCAUGCCAUGGUUAAGCUACCAUGGUUUAAUCCUGUAGCACUAAGAGAGAUCUAUCUGUAACAUUAAUUCUAUACAGUGAUCUUAGCUAA